AUGCUCUCUGGUUUUGAAGACAAAUCCGCCCAAGCGGUAUGCACAUUUGGGUACUGCGAAGGUCCAGGCAAGGAAGCAAUUCUCUUCCAAGGACGCACAGAUGGAAAGUUGGUGGAAAGCCGGGGGUCUACUGUUUUCGGUUGGGACUCGUGCUUCGAGUACGAGGGCCAGACGUACGCUGAGAUGGACAAGAGUGAGAAGAACAAGAUAAGCCAUCGGGGCAAGGCAUUGGAGAAACUGAAGGAGUGGUUGGCAAGUAAGAACGUUGAGGCGUAG